AUGGAAGCGAAAGACUGUAACUCCAAACAUGUAUUUUUUAACCAGACUUCUAUCCCUGACAGCUUUGACGAAUGUUGCAUUGAAAUAGAUAAAUUUAUUAACCAGCAUUCAACCGAUGGUAGAAAAAUAGUGUUGAUAACAUCUGGUGGCACAACGGUACCUCUAGAGAGCAGAACUGUUCGCUUUAUCGAUAAUUUUAGCUCAGGAACAAGGGGAUCUGCUUCCGCAGAAUAUUUUUUAAGCCAUGAUUAUGCUGUGAUAUUUUUACAUAGACACAAGUCUUUAGAACCCUUUUCUAGACAUAUCAAUAGACAACAUUUUAUUGAUAUUUUACAACUGACACCUGAAAAUGAAAUAAUGGAAUUUUUAUUUUCAGUAAAAGAUGAGCACAAGGAGAAACUCAGUGUAGUUUUAAAACAGUUUCAAUCAAUAGAGAAAGAGAAUCUUUUAUUAAAGUUGGAAUUUACUUCCCUUGGUGACUAUCUCCAUAUAUUGAAAGCAGCAUGUGAAAAAUUGAAUACUGUAGGUGAUAAAGCAAUGCUCUAUCUAGCAGCAGCUGUCUCUGAUUUCUACAUUCCUAAAGCUGACAUGAGUGAGCAUAAGAUACAGUCAUCAAAUGGACCACUAGAGUUAAAGCUACAGUUAGUACCGAAGAUGUUAGAACCUUUAGUAAAAGACUGGGUACCCUCAGCUUUCAUCAUAUCAUUUAAGCUUGAAACAGAUAAAGAUAUUUUGAUCAGUAAAUCAAGACAGGCUUUAGACAAAUACAAACAUCAGUUGGUAAUAGCUAAUGAAUUAGAGAAGAGAAAAAGGGAGGUAACAAUAGUAUCAACAGACACAGUAACACCUAUAAUUUUAACAGAAGAAGAAGUACGACUUGGUAUUGAAAUUGAAAGCAUUAUUGUUAAAGAGAUAUUAAAACUUCAUGACAAUUUUAUAUCUACUAAGCAUUAA